UCUUUCUUUGAAUUUGAACAAGUUUUCUUAAAAAAUUUAAUUUUUUGAUGGAAUCUCAAUUAAAAAUAAAUGAGAAACCAGUUCUCAUCAACAACUCAAUGAAGCUAUAGAGUGUAGAGCUCCUAAUACACAAAUUAAUCUUGAAGGUGAUUUUCAAAAUUAGUAAUAGAUUGAAUACUUGCCCAUUUUGGGAAGAUAUGAUUGCUGUGUGAAUCGUCCUAUUGGUUUAGGUAAAAGGGCUUUAUUCUGUUUGACUGUUUUCUUAACCUUGUUCAAGUGACUAAAGGGUUCCAUGUGCUGUUUAAACGUUCUUUGACUCUUAGGUGAAGGUUGGAGAAAUUCUGAAUCUUCUACCUUAGAAGAUGGUCUUUCACCUGAGAAGACCAUGCUCAAUGUGUGUCCUUAUACAACUUACUGGUGGGUUAGAUUUGAGUUAGUUCCUUUGGCCUCUAAGUUGGUGGUCUAAUUUCUCCCUCCAUUUAAAUAUAUAUAGAUUUCAACCCGUACAAGUCCAGUACCAAAUUGUGGUAUAUUGCACCAUCUACUUGAUAGAUUGAUGAAGGUUGGGCUUCCAUCCACAAUUAUGAGUCGCCAUGAUAUAAUCUCUGUACCUCAAAGUGAGACUACCAAAGGAGUGACACAAUCAUAUUGUACUCCCAAAUCCCAGAUGCAUGACUUUUUGGGUAGUAAAUCAGAAGGCAGGAGUUUAGCGGCCAGUGAAUGCUCAUCUGCACGCCUGUCACCUUUCAUACGGGCAGAAUCUCUUGGUUCUCCUACAAAUAUUAGAGGAUCUAGUGUUCAACAUUCCCAGAACACAUUUUCGCGGUCUUCUGUUUUCUGUACCAGUUUGUAUCAGUCAUCUUCAUCGAGUUCUGAAACCUCUCGGCAGCUUGGAAAUUUGCCAUUUCUUCCACAUCCUCCAACAUACAGCCAGUCCAUUUCUGCUGUUGAUUCGAAAUCGCCAUAUCUCUUAGGUGACGAUAUGAGCAAUCAAUAUGAUGACGAACAAUCAGAGGAUCUCAUGAAAGAAUUUCUUAAUUUGCAUGGAGAUGGCUCUCAUGGUAGCUUUCAUGGUAUUAGUUGUGGAAGUGACACUCUAGCACUUACAGAGCAAUUAGAGUUACAGUUUUUGUCAGAUCAACUUGACAUGGCUAUCACGGACAAUGGAGAAAAUCCCGGGCUUGACGAAAUAUAUGAAAUUCCUCUAGCCUCACCAAAACCGGCCAUAGGAUUCACAUGUAGUAAGAGUUGUCGCUUGACAACACCACCUGUUGAUGCUCUUUCAAGUCACCCCUCUCCUGGACCUUCGCCUGCACAUAGACCACGAAUGCGAUGGACACCUGAGCUCCAUGAGCGUUUUGUAGAGGCUGUUAACAAGCUUGAUGGUGCUGAAAAGGCUACUCCAAAAGGUGUAUUAAAGGUCAUGAAUGUUGAGGGAUUAACCAUUUAUCAUGUGAAAAGCCACUUACAGAAAUACCGACUUGCCAAGUAUAUGCCAGAGAAAAGAGAAGAUAAGGGGGCCUCUAGUUCUGAAGAAAAGAAAGCAGCUUCAAGCAGCAGCGAAAGUGACGGACGAAGAAAAGGGAGCAUUCAAAUCACCGAGGCUCUGCGCAUGCAAAUGGAAGUUCAGAAGCAACUGCAUGAGCAGCUUGAGGUUCAAAGGGCCCUUCAGCUACGCAUAGAAGAUCAUGCAAAGUACUUGCAGAAGAUCUUGGAGGAGCAGCAGAAAGCUGGCAGCGCCUUACUUUCUCCACAAGCCUUGUCAUCGCUGACGACUAAUUCCAUCCAAGAGCCUGAACAACAACCUUCAUCAUCAGCUGGUGUAUCGCCGACGCAACCUGCUGAGUCUGACUCAUCAUCACCUCUAUCAUUGAAGCAUAAAGCUACUGAUAGCAGUGAAUCUGAGCCACCAGCAUGCGCCAAAAAGCAACGUCUUGAAGAGAAACCAGAUGAGGGUGUAGUUGAAAAUCCUCAGCAAUAACUUCUACCUUUCCAGCACUACUCCAAAGUCCAUUGUUUGUAUCUUGUAUAGAACUUCCAAGGUUUUGUAGGUAAAACUAGAAAUUGAAUUGAGAUUGCUUGAUUUGUAUCUCUCUCUCUUGACAGCUAAUAGUAGUUUAAUGAAAGAGGAAAUCAGCAAUUCUAUUUUCCAUAAACUUU